AUGGACCCCUACCGGGGUCCAGCCCCGAAGGGGCACAUCCCAGCGUCGCAACGAAUCCCAGCCAUUGCACGACCUUUUGUCUCCGCGCGCGCCCUCAAAACGCUCGAUGCAGUUGAAAAGUUCGUCGAAGAAGAAUGUAUUCCCGCCGACGCCGUCUAUAACCAAGCGCUCGGUGAGACGACGCAGGAGCGCUUCUCAGCCCACCCGCAAAUCAUGGAAGACCUGAAAACGAAGGCGAAACAGUUGGGUCUCUGGAAUAUGUUUCUGCCAAAAAACCACUUCAGUGAGGGCGCGGGGUACAGUAAUCUGGAAUAUGGGCUCAUGGCAGAGUAUCUCGGGCGAAGCUUGACGGCGAGCGAGGCGACAAACUGCGCGGCGCCGGAUACGGGGAAUAUGGAGGUUUUUGCGAAAUAUGGCACGGAGGAACAGAAGAAGAAAUGGUUGAGGCCAUUGUUGGAUGGGGAGAUCCGGUCAGGGUUCUUGAUGACGGAGCCGCAAGUUGCGAGUAGCGAUGCUACGAACAUUGAGCUGAAUAUGAAGAAGGACGGGGACUACUUUAUUCUCAAUGGACAGGUUGGGCUCCUUUGCUCUAUUUUUCGCACAGGUUAUUCUAACGGGAGACUUCAGAAAUGGUGGGCCAGCGGCGUUGGCGAUUUGCGAACAAAAGUCUUUCUCGUCAUGGGCAAAUCAGACCCGGCGAACCCGAACAAAUACAAGCAACAGACCGUGAUCGCGGUGCCAUCUGAUACUCCGGGAAUUACGAUCAAGCGUAUGCUGUCCGUAUUGGGCUAUGACGAUGCUCCUCACGGCCACGGACAUGUGUUCUUUGACAAUGUGCGGGUGCAUAAGAGCAACGUCAUUCUAGGCGAAGGUCGCGGUUUCGAGGUGGUCCAAGGCCGUCUCGGCCCUGGUCGAAUCCACCACGCAAUGAGAUCAGUAGGAGCGGCAGAAAAGGCCCUCGAAUAUUUUCUCGCGCGGGUAAAUGACCCUCGCAAGAGGCCUUUUGGUAAGCAGCUAAGCGAGCACGGAAUUAUGCUGGAGCGUAUUGCCAGGUCGCGCAUCGAGAUCGACGCUGCCCGUCUUGCAGUACUCAAUGCUGCCAUCAUGAUUGACCAGGGAGAUGCCAAACACGCUCUCAAGGAGAUUGCUGAAGUCAAGGUGCAAGUUCCUCGGAUGUUGCAGGAGAUUAUAGACCGUGCGAUACAGGCAUAUGGCGCCGGUGGCGUGUCGCAGGACACACCAUUGGCUAACAUGAGCUCAGGAGCUCGAACAAUGAGAAUUGUCGACGGCCCUGACGAGGUGCAUAUGCUGCAGCUGGGUCGCAAUGAAAACAAGCGAGGCAAGGCUCUCCUGGGCAAAAUCGAGGCCCAGAAACAGAAAACGCAAGCCCUGCUCAAGCAAUACAAUAUGCAGGAACGGGAUAUACUGCAGCUUGACCGGCGUAGCGGGACCUCGGCAAAGUUAUAA